AUGUUGCCGCAGUCAGACCAACCCGUGAUCGCUGAAGCGAAGCGCAUUGCAGCAGAGUUCGAGUAUUCGUCCGCUGAUGUGAACCGCGGAGUGAAGAAAUUCCUCUCCGAGAUGGAGAUUGGGCUGACAGGGGAGGGCUCGACGCUGAGCCAAAUUCCAUCCUAUAUUACAUGUGUGCCUGAUGGCAGUGAGAAGGGCGUCUACCUCGCAGUUGACCUCGGUGGGACUAACAUCCGCGUUUGUUCGAUCCAUCUAAACGGGGAUUCAACUUUCGACAUGACUCAAGAGAAGGCCGUCAUUCCGCGCGAGCUGAUGGUGAGCGACUCAGCCGCAGAGCUUUUCGGAUUUAUCGCGGAACAGAUAGAGUGUUUUCUUCAGAAGCAUCACGAAGAACGUUACGCUUCCCACACCGAGAAAAGAAGGCUAGGCAACAUUGCCUUCCACGACGAGGAUAUAUUCGACCUAGGCUUUACCUUCAGCUUCCCUGUAAUCCAGACCGCCAUCAAUAAAGGCAAUCUAUAUCGCUGGACCAAAGGAUUUGACAUUCCGGAGGCUGUGGGCCAAGAUGUUUGCAAAUUGUUACAAGAUGCUGUCGAUCAGAGAAAUUUACCUGUUCGAGUCUCUGCUUUGAUUAAUGAUACCGUGGGCACUCUCAUGGCACGGUCAUACUGUUCCAGUGGCCAUUCUAAAGCGUUAAUUGGUGCAAUCUUCGGUACCGGCACCAAUGGUGCCUACGUAGAGAGGCUGGACCGAGUCAAGAAGCUGAAUAAUCGCGGCGGAGACCUCGUUGACGCAUCAGCGAGCGAGAUGGUCGUUAACACGGAGUGGGGUAGUUUCGAUAACCCCCUCGAGGUGCUGCCGAACACCAGACAUGACCAAGAACUGGACGGUAUAAGUGUUAACCCAGGGGUCCAGAUGUUCGAAAAACGAGUAUCAGGAAUGUUUCUGGGUGAGAUUCUUCGCUGUACAAUACUCCACAUGAACAAAAGCCCUGCUCUGAACUUGUGUGGCGGGUCAAGCGCGAUUCCAAAGGACUCAAUACUGUAUCAACAUUGGGGCAUUGACACGAAAUUCCUGUCUACCGUGGAAGGCGAUUCGACGGAUGACCUUCGGGAGGUUAAGGAAGAGCUGCGAUCCGAUCUCGGGAUCGAGAACGCGAGCACCACGGACUGUAAAGCGAUCAAGGUCCUUACGCAUGCCAUCGGGAAACGGGCAGCACGGCUUAGCGCUGUGCCUCUCGCUGCGAUUAUCAUAUCCAGCGGACGACUAGGUACGGAAGACGUCAUCGACAUUGGUGUCGAUGGCAGCCUGAUUGAGUUUUAUCCGGGAUACGAGAAGUAUAUCCGAGAAGCAUGGCGUGAGAUUCCGGAGAUCGGAGAGAAGGGUGAGAAGAAGAUUCAGAUCGGUAUCGCGAAGGAUGGGAGCGGUGUCGGCGCCGCUCUGAGUGCGUUGGUUGCUCGGCAGGCAGAGAAACGGAAGCAGGGGUAA